GCACCUGCCCGCAACCAACGCGCCUGCACCUGUUGGUUCAGAGUUCUGUGCUUCUGGUUGAGACGGGGGGGUUGUUGGGUUUGGUGUGAGUUCGGGGUUAUUUUUUGGUCGUGGUGUUUGGGUUUGAGGUGAAAUCCCUAAAAAGUGCACCCACUUCUGCAUUAUGGUUUGGACAAGUGUUCUGAGCAUGGGGUUCUGAAGGAGCGAGGUGCCGACUGCCCGCGUGUGCUCAGCUGUUAGCCGCCCGCUGCUGGGUCCGUCCUGCCCCCCGACCCCUCAGUCCCUGAUGCAGGAAAGCCCGGUCCAGAAGUGCUGUCCACCUGCAACAGUGCAGAGUUCUAGGCUGGGAUCCUCUCCAGUACAGCUUUUCUUGAGACCCACGGCAGCUUCCAGAACAGAUACUUAGUCAUGACUUAGAGAACCUAAACAUGCUUACUGAAAGGUGUUGUCACCUGGGGCUUGCAGAAAUGUUUAACUUCUAUUAACCUUCCCCUGCCUCCGUUAGAAAAACUGUUUGUUUUCUGUUUUCUAAACCGAGUGCCUUUAACCUCUCCCCGGUUGAGCUUGUUGUGUGCACAUAGUCACCAGCCAAGGGUGACGCUCUCUGCCACUCAGGGCCGCCAAAGCGAGCACGACGCGAAGACGGGACGGAAAAGUAGAGUGGCCAGUGGCUCCCCUAAAGAGAGUGAGGAUCUUGGUAUGGAAACCAUAAAAGGAAAGCCAGAAUUGAGUUGCCUGGAGUUUAGCCUGAGGAUUCAGGAGUUCAUUGAGCUCAUCCGGCAGAACAAGAGACUAGACGCCGUGAGACACGCGAGAAAGCACUUCAGUCAGGCCGAAGGGAGCCAGCUGGACGAGGUCCGCCAGGUCAUGGGCAUGCUGGCCUUCCCACCAGACACGCACAUCUCGCCCUACAAGAUGGAAGUUUCCAGAUCAUCAAGUUUUGCUUUCUUUAGACGAGCAGUCCCACCCCGAGGUCCGUUUUCUGUCCGCACGUUUAGUGGAAAGGCUUGCAGAGAAGCUAGGUGCACCUCCAGCCGCUUGCCUGGGACGCUGCAGCCCCAGGUGCAGUGUCCUCACACACAGGCACCGCCUUCCCCCGCUGCGGCCGGGCUCUCUGCCACCUAUGACAGGCCCGCUCUUGCUGGAGACUGGGGCCCUCCCAGCCGCGUCCACGUCUUAGGUGUUUGUGGCUCAGUCCCUCCCUCAGUUUUCUGUCGUCUGUCUGGGCUGCUGUGACAGAAUCCCACAGGUUCGGGUCGGGAAGCCCGAGAUCAGGGCACUGGCAAGGUUGCGGGGGGCUCUUCCUCCUGUGUGUUCUUAUGAGGAAACUAGUUCCUGAAGACCCCACCCUCAGGACCCUGUGGGCCCGGAGGUCCACCUGCCGACAGCGUCAACAGUGGGGGACACAAGACGCUCAACCACGGUGUCGUCCCCGGCUGCCAGCCAUCCCCCAGAAGGACUGAAGUAAACUGCCUUCCCUGUGGGCUGAGCCGGGCUUGUUCCCUGAGCCGUGAUGGUGGGUUCUGCCCAGGGGCACCCCCGCUGGCUGGAGUGCUCGGCCGCAGGCCGUCUGCAGGGCGGCUGGAAGCGUGUCCCUCGAGACUGGACUCAACACAGCUCUGUGGUGUCGGAACGUCCUGUAAUCAGCCCUCCGGUCACAGGGAUCUUGCCAGAGUGAGACCGAACUUCAGCUGGCAGCCUCUUCGGUCUCUCUUCCCUGCUCUGGAGAAGCUUUGUGAGAGGUGCAGUCAGGGCCUGCCCUGGGGAGUGAGGCGUCCCGCUUGCGAAGAGCGAGGCCAGUGCUCCGCCCGAGCCGGAGGGCCGGCCCUCGGAGGCACCGAGGCGGCGUGAAGAGAAGCCACGCAGCCAUUGUGGAGCCAAGGCCGGCGGGGGACAGGCACAGCCCAUCGACGCACAGCCUCGUACCUGGACACGGACGGCACACCGGAGGAAGGCCAGGGUGCACACAGAGGGGAUGGCGCCGGGUGGGGGCACGGGACCCUGAAGGGCAGUGCUGGGGCGGGGACAGAGCCCUCACCCCCUGUGGCAGGUGUGUCUCAGUGGGUCACACGAGAAGCAGGACGACGUGCCCUGGUCAGGGAGAGGUGGCCGCACCAGAGGCCCAAGGCCAGGGGUCUCAGGGAGGGGGGAUGCAGAGCCUCUGGACUCUGGGCUUGGUCCUCUGUGGACUUUGCUUCGAUAAAAACGACAUUAAAGUUGUGUUUUUGUAA